CAGUCUCGACCCUAAGCUGCAGUGGAUAUUGCUAGAACCCACGCUGAAGACUGAGCUGGAGUCUGCAGUGACCUGGGCGGUUUUCCCUGGCCCCAGGGACACAGCUCCCCUCGAGACUGCAUCAUGACCCAGGGAAAGGUUUCAGUGGUUAAUAAGGCCCCUGGGACAGAGGGGCAGCAACAGACAAAUGGAGAGAAGAAGGAGUCUCCAUCAGCUCCCUUGGCCCCUCCUACAUAUGAGGAAGCUACUUCAGGGGAGGGGCUAAAGGCUGGGGCCUUCCCUCCACCAGCCCCAACAAUGCCAUUUCACCCUAGUUGGGCAUAUGUGGAUCCAAAUAGCAGCCCUGGCUAUGGAAGUGGUGGGUACUCUGGAGAUCCUGAGAUCUUCACUACCUUCAGCUGGGAUGAUCCUAAUGUGAGAAGAAUAUUUGUCCGAAAGGUUUACUCCAUCCUAAUGAUCCAGUUGCUGAUGACUGUGGGAGUUGUGGCUCUAUUCACUUUCUGUGAACCAGUCAAGAUGUAUGUUCAGAGCAAUCCUGCCUGGUACUGGGCAUCCUAUGCUGUUUUCUUCAUGACUUAUCUUAUCCUGGCCUGCUGUUCUGGACCAAGGAGAUAUUUCCCCUGGAACCUGAUUCUCCUGAGUAUCUUUACCCUGUCUAUGGCUUACCUCACUGGGAUGUUGUCCAGUUACUACAAUACCAAGUCCGUGCUUCUGUGCCUGGGGAUUACUGCCCUGGUCUGUCUCUCUGUGACUCUGUUCAGCUUCCAGACCAAGUUUGACUUCACAUCCUGUCAAGGCAUUCUCUUUGUACUUCUCAUGGUUAUGUUCUUCAGUGGGAUCCUUCUGGCCAUCAUCCUUCCCUUCCAAUAUGUACCAUGGCUUCAUGGGAUCUAUGCUGUGCUGGGAGCAAUUGUGUUUACAAUGUUCCUGGCAUUUGACACACAGCUGCUGAUGGGAAACCGGCGCUAUUCCUUGAGCCCCGAGGAAUAUAUUUUUGGAGCACUCAACAUUUACCUGGAUAUUGUCUACAUCUUCUCCUUCUUUCUGCAGCUUUUUGGCACCAACCGAGAUUGAAAAGGCUUCCCUUUUUUUAACUCCAAGAAAUGCUAUCUGUUUGUCCCCCUGUAACAUCUAUUCCCUGCUCUUUCCCAGCCUCUAAGACAUAGCACUAAACAUUCUCCUAGCCUAGCUCUCUGCCAACUAUUCUCCUUCUGCAGCAUCCUUGGAGUUAUUUUCUGUAGGUUGUAUAUAUAUGAGGAAUUCUGGAAGCCUAAAGGACUGGAGUCACUAAAUUUCCUGCCUCCCUGCAUAUUAGGACUGUUAUUUCCAUUUUCAACUGUGAAAUUGUAAAUCCAGUGUACUCCCUAUCUCCCACCUUAGAUUUGGGGUGUAAGAGUUCAGGGAUAUAACAGACAAUGGUUUAGGAACUUAGAUGUCAACGGAAGGACUGAAGGAUAAGCUGAAUCCUGAACCCCAGAAGAUUUAUGUGAUUUGAGAGAAAAAUGUUUUCCCUCGUUGUUACUGCCCUCAUCCCUACCUUUCCCUUGAUCAAAAAACUGAAGCAUUUGGUUAGUUAGAUGGUGUUGUGGUUAGAGCACUGACCCUGGAAUCAGGAAGACUUGAGUUCAAAUUCAACCUCAGACACUUAAUACUUACUAGACUGGACAGAUCACUUAACCCAAAUUGCCCGGGAUGCAGGGGAAAGCUGAAGCAUUUAUGGAAGGGAUUGAAUUGGCAUAAGAACAUAACCUACCAAGAUUCCUACCCUGAAGGUAUGCAGAACUGGCAUGGUGUAGUAUCUAGAGUCAAAGGAACUGGAUGUGAGUCCAGUGCAGUCUGCUGCACAUUGUGUAUAUCACUUUGGAUAAAUCUCUUAGCUUUCCUAUCUAUAGGGAUAGCCUCAAUUCCCUAUAUAUGAAAUGAGGUCCUUUAUGGCUCUAAAUCUGUGAGCUUGUCUAUGAUGAUAUUAUACUUGAAGAAAAGAGAAUGAGGGAUGUUGUUUACCUAUGAGGAACUUUUUUUUAAAUAACUUUAUAUUGACAGAACCCAUGCCAGGGUCAUUUUUUACAGCAUUAUCCCUUGCAUUCACUUCUGUUCCAAUUUUUCCCCUCCCUCCCUCCACCCCCUCCCCCAGAUGGCAAGCAGUCCUUUCCAUGUUAAAUAGGUUACAGUAUAUCCUAGAUACAAUAUAUGUGUGCAGAACCGAACAGUUCUCUUGUUGCACAGGGAGAAUUGAGGGAUGUUGUUUAAAGAAUGGCAGUGUUCAAACAGCCCUUCAGUGUACAUGUGAGAGCUUCAGUUAGAUCUGUGAUUGCAUUUCUAAGCCAGGGCUAAAAAGAUGAAUGUGUAGUUAGGCCCUCCUGGGGUUCAAGGGCAGAAAGUGAGCCCCUGCUAAGAGUCUUGUCUAAGAGUCUGCUCUGUGGCCUCUAAUAGUAAGAUAAUCGAGGUACCAAGCUGAGUCACAUAUGGGAAGGAGUUACAUCCUAAAGAAAAUAAUCAAGCAGUGUCCAGAUAUGCCCAGAGGGGAAAUUAGAGAGAUUUAGAACAGUCCUUGAUGUACACUCAGCCUCCUUGUGAUGUAGAGCUAGCUAAAAGAAUUGAAAGUCCUUUUCCUUCCAGCUCCCCAAGUUGUCUUCUAAGGUUCUAGGGACUAGAAAGGAUUUGCAAUUGAUGAAUAAUGUAAAAUAUAAAGGGUUCCUGAACCCUAAAAGAGAAGGAAUGUUACAUUCUGGUGAGUAAUAGAGAAGAGCCUUUUAUUUGAGAAAUAUUAGUACAGGUGGGAGAUGGAAUAGCUUCUUUGCUAUGCUGAGAUCCCCAGCAGGGGAACCCCUUCUUCCCUCCCAUCCCAGAGGUGACUCCCCCCCCGUACUCCAUAUCCCCCAAGUGCCUCCCUAGUUUUUUGCCUUGCCAAACAGAGAACCAGGUCUUAAAUGCCCAAGCCAGUGUCUAUCUCUACAUACUCUAAAGUGAAGACACUUCUCACUCUUCUCAACUUCAUUCUCUCUUCUCUUCAGUCCAGGUCACCCCAACCAGUUGCUUUCCUCAAUCUCCCCUGAGGGGUCAAGUGUGCUCCCUCUUUCUUCUCUUUAUCUUCCCAUCUCCCCAGUUUGGAAAUUGGCCAGCCUAUGGCUGAUUCAACCAGGCCCCUGAUAAGAACUGGGUCCAUGUGAUGAGGCUGGGGCCCCUUUUUCGCCUGGGCGGUCGGCUGGGAUCGCUGGGCAGGUGUGUGUGCGUCAGCUACCUAGCCUCUGGCAGUGUAGCCUGCACCUGGAAGGGAACUCAGUUAGUGAGGCCUGAGGGAGUAGAGCAGUAGAGGGGGAAGGAACUGGCUGUUUGUUCAUGCUGUGCUGGCUCUAGUAGAUGUGGAAAAUUACUGGGUGAAGUGUUGAAGCCCCUCACCCCAGUCAUCAGCCUGCCUUCUUCCCACCUUUCCUUCUAGUCUCCAAAUUUUUGCAUGCUCACUCUGAACAGUAUGCCUGUUGCAUGAGCAAGCUCUUUCCUGGACUUUGUAGCAGGACUAAGGUUUUCCAUUUAGGGAAGAAAGUGGGAUAUACUGCAUUCUCCAUACUGCCCCUUGAUCCCUACCCUUUGGUACUUCCAUUGACAAGGCCCCACAAGAUUGAAAGCUUUAUGAUAUCCUGAGUUCUUGAGGGGCAAAGAAAAUCAUCUUCAGAAGGAAAGAACAAGAGACAAUUAGCUGAGCUGCAACUAGGGUGAGAUGAUUGAGAUUCUCAAAAUGGCACAAAUUUAGAAGUCCCUCACAGCAGUGCCCAAGUAGCAGAACAAGCAAAUUUGAAAGCUACCUGAGCGUAUUUUUUCCAUAGAUAUUCCAGGUGAGCUAUGUUAUCCAAAGCAGAGAGGCCUUGCUGUGUCCUAAAGUUUCAUUCUUUCCAAAGAACAGAAUAUGUUGUAGGAAGUUGAUAUGUGAAUGCUUUUAAUCCUGCUUGCCCCAAGUACAUUUUGUUAAGUAGGAUCCAGAUACCAAAAAAAAAAAGAAAAAAACAAAUGCUGUUUACAAUUCUGGGAAUUGUAGAAUGGACUAACUAGCUAGUGAGCUGUAGGCUGAGGAAUCUAUGUACCACUCUGUAAUUCUGGGGAAGUUGAUGCAUUGGGGCUACUAAUAUCCCUUUUCUUCUCCAAGAAGAAAUCUUGGAGAGAUCUCCCAGCUCAAGUUGCCUGAGACUGGAUUUAAUCCUGAUUUUUAGACAAGUCCUCUCCAUACUCUGUCCCCAUCAGAGUGAAUGAGUAGACUAUUGGGAACCAGAAUGGUAGGUAUUAGGAAACUUUGGAUCUUGAGAUGAUUGAUAAAUAAGAUUUGCCAUUUAGCUGCUGCUAGUGAGGACAUCUCUUAAAGUUUUCUCAGUCUUCACUUCCCUAUUCCUGAUCUUACAAUCUCAUUUUGGUGGCUAUUUUCUACCCCACUUCAAUCUCCAAGCUACAGGCCUCCUUCUAUCUCAAGUUUGUUAAAUGUCUUUUUCUACUGCCAAAUCUCAGCACUAUAUUUUGAGUCUCCCCCAAAAGAGUUCUCUAGUCUUUAGCUUCACUUUCUUUUUAAAUCUUUGCUGCUUUCCAGAAUCAAUUUGCAACCUUAAUCUCUGAGGGAAGAGGUGGGGGGAGAAGGAAUGGGACAAAAGAUUUGUCCAGGAUUGAGUUCUCAACAUGAAGAGAAAGAUCCUAGUCUAUCCUUAGUUUAAAAAAAAUAAACAAAACAAAAACAAACCCUAUCAGAAUGUGAUUAGGAUAUAGAAACCAGUGGAAAUCACCCAAAUUUCUGCGGUUCUUUUCUUUGUGUUUGUUGAGCUAAAACCACGUGUUUGGUUCCUUUGUGUAUCAUGGGAAGGAGUUUAAAGUUUUGAAUGUUCUCAGCAUUUCAGGAAAAUAAACUGAGGCUCAGAGAAGGGUCAGAUUCACUGGGUGGGGGGAGAGAGAAGAGGGUGCAGAUAUCCCACGUUCCAACCAUUUUUUUUCCUUCAGAGAAAAAGACACAGGAGCUGGUUAGAGAAGCAUAAGUCAUAAGUCAUGAAAGGCAAGCCCCAGGGGGAAAAAAAGCCUUUGAGGCUGGAUGAGCCUUUGAGGAAGCAGCGUGAGGGAGCAAGAAUGUAGGAUUACAAGAAAUCAAAACUAGACAGGUGCCACAGGCUAGAGAGGGAGAAGGGCCGUUUUCUCCUCCCCAGGCUUUAUACUUGGCAUUUCUUUUGGGGUGAAAAAUAAAGCUGGGCAUAGGACACUUUAUUGAAAGAUCAUAAGAGUAUCUGAGAACUUGACCCAGGCAAGAGUCCAGCCUGAGGGGGGGAGGGAGAGUAAAAAGACUAUAUUUCCAGAGCAGGGCUGGGAGGUAAGGGAACAGGAGCUGAGAGUUCAUGGGAAUCUCUGGUAUCACUCCUACCAAAAAUCCUCUGCAUACAUUACUGUCCAAUCCUGCUGAAUAAAGCAGAUCUUGAUUUCUUCCUACUGAUGAGACAUUUUAAAAGUCUGCCUCAGUCUCCCCAAUGCCCACCUGAAAGGGAUCAGCAUCUCAGGUUUCUCAUAUAAGGAAUGGGUUUGGAUACCUUUACGUACACUUUGCUGCCCCCAUGUGGCACUUCACGGUGAUACAGACAGGCACUGGCAGAGCUGGGAAAGUGGAUUAAGGAGAGAUUCUGGAAAAUUGGACUAAGAGCAGAUCUGCCACAAAUCCCUCUAGCUUGAAUACAUUUGUUUCUCUGUUGCCUGAAUUCCUCUGAAGUCUACCAGUGGCUGACACUUGUUCCUCCAUUUACCUAAACAACUUCCCGUUGGCUGUUAAUGCCCCUGGGGCAAGAAUAAAACCAAUUAUGGUCUCAACA